AGGAUGAGGAAUCUGCUCCUUGCCGUGCUCCUGGCUUGUGGGCUGCUCCGGGCCUGCGGCUCCGUGCUGGAGCUGGAGCGGAUGAUCCGGGCGGCCACGGGCAGGAGCGCGCUGCUCUCCUACAGCUGGUACGGCUGCUUCUGCGGCAUCGGCGGCUCCGGGAGCCCGGUGGAUGCCACGGACCGGUGCUGCCAAGCCCACGACUGCUGCUACAGGAGGCUGAGGGAGGGCAGCUGCAGCCCCCUGAUCACCCCGUACAGCUUCACCGCCAGCGACGGGAACGUCACCUGCAGUACCGAGCAGAGCUGGUGCCAGAGGGAGACCUGCCUGUGCGACACCGCGGUGGCCUCGUGCUUCGCCAGCUCCCUGCCCUCCUACAACCACUCCUACCGCUUCUACUUCAAGCUCAAGUGCCAAGGCAGCAAGCUCCAGUGCUGAGGAGGGCGAAUCUGCACACAGAGCUCCAGGUUUUGCUUUUCCCCAGCAAGAAAAGCUCGGGCUUGGGGCUCACUAAAGGCAGAGCCCCCGAGGCUCCCUGUGAGUGCAGCUCGGGGUGAGAAGAGCACACACACCAUGGAUGGAGAGCCACCAGUUCCUGGAAAGACACACCAGCUUCCUCUUUUGUGUCCCUUCCUCUUCUCUUGAUUUCA